UCAUCCUCCUCAUCCUCCUCUUCAUCCUCCUCUCCCGGGUCACCUCCGCUUCUCCUCGGCCGGACGAAGCAGCAGCAGCAGCGGCCCCGUGCGCCUCCUCUCCCCGGUGUCCCUUCCGGUUCCUCCCCGCCUCACAGACUCGUCCACAGCCGGACAUCGGGCCCCUUCCGCGGGAAAAAUGACCAUGAACGACACGGAGCUCCGCCUGGUGGAGUUCGGCUUCGAGCGGAGCUUCGAUGAACGUCGAGCUCUGGAGUGGAUGCAGGAAAACUGGAGCAAGUCCUUCAUGUUCUGUGGCCUCUACGCUGCGCUGGUGUUCGCCGGCCAGCACUUCAUGAGGGAACGACCCAAGCUGAACCUGCGGCGCCCCCUGGUGCUGUGGUCCCUCAGCCUGGCCGUGUUCAGCAUCAUCGGAGCCAUCAGGACCGGACUCUACAUGACGCACAUCCUCACGACCAGCGGCUUCCGACAGUCCGUGUGUGACAUCAGCUUCUACAGCGCCCCCGUCUCCAAGUUCUGGGCCUACGCCUUCGUCCUGAGCAAAGCCCCCGAGCUGGGCGACACCAUGUUCAUCAUCCUGAGGAAGCAGCGCCUCAUCUUCCUGCACUGGUACCACCACAUCACCGUGCUGAUCUACUCCUGGUACUCCUACAAGGACCAGGUGGCGGGCGGCGGCUGGUUCAUGACCAUGAACUACGUGGUCCACGCCUUCAUGUACACUUACUACGCGGCCCGGGCCGGCGGCCUGCGGGUUCCCCGUCCCUUCGCCAUGAUCAUCACGGCCACCCAGAUCCUGCAGAUGGUGAUGGGGCUGACGGUGCUGGGCCUGGUUUACUACUGGAUGCACGAGGUGCGCUGUCCGUCCAACAUGGACAACGUCACAUGGGGCUCCAUGAUGUACCUGAGCUACUUGAUCCUGUUCGCCAUGUUCUUCUACAACUCCUACCUCAGAGGCGUCUCCAGCGGCAAAGGCUCCAAGGCCGAGUAGAGAUCCUGAGCGCCUGUCAACGUGUGCCAAGCGCAGAGAUGACCGACAGGGAGGGGCCAUGAAUGUGUGAGUCACAGCUGGUGAACAGGCUCCUCCUCUUGUUCCGUCAUCAUCAACUGACUCUUAAUACUCGUCUGUUGCUCUUAACACUGACACAUCAUCCACUGACACAGCAGGAGCGAGGAGGCUGGUUCUGCCUCGGCACAGUUUGAUACGAUCUGGUGACUAGUCGAUGUUUCACAGUGAUUAUAGAAACAUGAGAGUCCAAGUCUCACUUCAUCUAAACCUAUGAAAGACAAGUCUUUGUCUGAGGUGAUGAACAAAUGUUUUUAUGUUGUAAUGAAAAGGUGAAAAAGAUCUGAACUAGAACAAACUGUUGUAAAAUGUUGAAGGAUUCGUUCUAGAUUUUGUGAAAUACACUCGUUCACACUCUUUCUCAGCCUGGAGGUGGUUAGCUUAGCUUAGCAUAAAGACUGCAAGCAGGGGGAAACUGCUAGCCUGAAAAAAACAAAGAACCUUCGAAUUGAAUGCUUAAAACAACAAUUCUUAAUUUUAAUCUCUCGCCUUACAGAACUGACUCGUGACAUUUGAAUCCGACGUAGAAUUUCAAGAAAUUACAUAAGCGCAAAUUGUCGUUGUUCAUAGUUUUUGCAUAAAAAUCCAGAUGCAGCUUAUUAAUCAGUGUGUCUCUGAGAUGUUGAGAGUUCUCUUCAUCACUUAACAGCUUCCCCCCGAUUACAGUCUUUGAAUUAAGCUCCAGUGACUUCAACCUUCUCCUCGACACUGGGAAAGAACAACGAACCAGUUUAUUUGCCCCAAAAUGUGGAACUGCCCCGUGUUUUAGCUUUUAGCACAACUGUAACCUGCAGGAUAGAAACUCUAUGAAAAGGGAAUGAAGACUUCAUAUGAACUGAAUGUCUGCGGGGGGGGUCAGCGCACACACAGACACACACACACACACAUGCACACACACACACACACACACACACGAGCAGGAGGAUCAGUUGAACUCUCGAGCUCAUUCCUUAUCUCAGAAUCGUCUCUGAACUUCUAGGACCUGGUGUUUGAAACACGCCCGACGUGUCCUGCUGUCACAUCGUGUGUUUACUCUCUUCUGCACGUUCUGCCUUCUCCUCCUCACUUGACACAUUUACACUGAACAAUGAGUUUAUUAAUGAGGAGUUUGAACAGGUGGAGCAGCCAUAAAUACAGAAUAUAUUCCAGGAGCCGGGUGUAAACAUCUCAGUGAACAAAGGAACUCUCUUUAUCAGAUAUUUGAUUCCGUGUGUGUGAAGGCACCUGACGACCACUCCCACAGUUAUUAAUAGAUUUAAACAAAACCUUUAUGGCUCCAUUCCACACCUCCGUGCUCUUCAGGAGACGGGUGGAUGAAAAGAAGGAGAAUCUACUGAGGGAAUUGAAGAGAAGUCUUAUUUAUCCAUUAAUCGUGAUAUCGUGCCGUCUCAAAACCUCAGAAAUCAAUCAGCGAAGCACUUAUACUUUGAAAUGAAGGAUAAUAAAUUAACCAGUGUACUCGAAGUACAGAUUUUAAAAAUGAAAAACUACUAAACAUUAACUGAAAAGUAACCCAGCACUUCUUAAACGUUUUUGAGUGACUAACUUAAACACUCAGUGACACCAUAGUUAUUUUCUUAUCUUGUUGUUAUCAUGUUUUCGUCAAAAAAAGGAUCGAUUCAUUCCUCCUGGGGAAAUAAAGCCGUGUAGAUCAAAUCUAGAAUAACCUGUAAAGAUCUGAGACGUUCAGGUGUUGGGGUUCGAAUGUGUUUCCUGGUGUUCACACUGGAUUCUGGGCCUUCGUGUCUUUUAUUGGAUAAACGGACGAGCAGCUGAGGUCUGGACACAAACUAAAACAACCAGUUGUACAUGUUGGGUUUGGGUUUUGAUUUAUCUCCAUCGUAUGAAACCACACUUUGCUUCGUGCUCUGAAACCCUCGAUUCACAUGAAGGAUUUUCCUCGAGGCUCAGAAGAGGUGAAGGUUCUCUCUGCUUCCCAAGAACAAUCGAAACAGAAUUUAAUGUGACAGUAUGUAAAGUAUUAUUGUUAUUAAUCAUCUUCUGAGCGGGUGGGGGAUUUAUUUGUGAGGUGCACACGUCCUCAGAACAGUUGGUGAACGGGACGAGGCAGAAAACAUCCGGCCUCUGGAUUCUGUGUAAAUUAGAAGAACAAGCGGAGACGUCCAUCCCGUGUUCUCUCUCUCUCUUCUCCUUUUUGAUGUACUGUCGAGUCCACACUGUCGAUUCCCGUGGUGCAGAUGAAGAAACCUGGUCUGAGAAGGAUUCUUGCAGAGAUUGGACACUAGGGUGCUUCCUGUUCUCUGAGGUGCUGAUUGUGACUCGGUGUGGGAGCAGAGAAACCACUGGGGCUGCUGGGAUCCCCUGUAAAUUACCUGUGUAUUUAUUUUCUUGUAGUGGAAAACGUUCUCCAGCAGAUCUGACGUGUGUAGAUGUUUUUACCAGGAUGUGCAGUUUCUCCAGCUGUGCAUCGGUUUCUCUUCCAUCCAGAUGUUUUGUUCAUGCGUUUCUACAUUCCACACAUCUGCUGGCAAACCACCUCCGCCUCCUCACUGAUAAGAGAUGGAUGACGAUAGCAGAAGAACUCUCAAAGCCAUUGACACUGAACACGCAGAGAGGUUUCCUGGGGUGGGUUGAAUUUGUGUAACAUGAUAUCAUCCUGUUGUUGUUUUGUGUGUUUCAUGCUAAUGUCAAACGAAGCUUCUCCAUCUUGUGAAAACACGAGUCGACCACUAUGACUGUUUGUUCCGUCCACGUGCAGCUGCUCGUGUGGGAGGAGCUGCGCUUCACACUCGUUGUGUGUCUGUUGUGUUGAUGUAGUUAAACUCACUGCAGGUCCUGUCGAUGUCUCGGAGCCUGAAGACAUUCACUGUUAAACAACUCAGAGUCAAAAUCACUGGAGGAGUCGACCACUCGAUAAACUUGAUGCUAUUCUGAGUCAUUUCUGUGCCAAACAAAGCUUCUGCUGUUCUGUUCUCUACCUUGGUUUAAUGUGACC